GCUGGGCGUGAAAAACUGGAAUAUAUUCUGGGUAAAAACGACCCCCCAAAGGAAACGGAUCCCACUUAUGCAAAGUGGUAUGCUGAAAAUAAAAAAGUUAAAGGCUGGUUGCUUACCUCUAUGUCACCGGAGAUAAUGAAGCGCUACUUGCGCCUGCGGACUGCACGGGAGAUUUGGAGUUCCCUUGCCAAAGCAUUCUACGACAGAUCGGAUGAGACACAAAUCUUUGCACUGAUCCUGCGUGCCUUCUCUACUAAAUAGGUUGGCCGUCCCUUAUCAACCUAUUAUGGCGAACUCGUCAAGAUCUUUCAGGAACUAGACCACCGUGAUAAAAUUACUAUGAAGGAUCCGGAUGAUUUUGUUGCAUAUAAGAAAUCUGUUGAAUGCUUGCGGGUACAUAUCUUCCUUAGCGGACUGGAUACUGACUUUGAACAAAUUCGGGGUGAAUUUCUUCGAAAGGAUCCUCCAGUCAACCUCGAAGAAGCCUAUGCUUGUGUGCAUAAGGAUGCCGUGGUCGAACCACUUUAAAUGGUGAAUCUGAUCACUCCGAAUCUGUUGCUCUGUUGGUUCGCAGAGCCAAGUCUCAGCCACGCAAAUUUGGUGCGAAACUUGAAGCAGACCAGAAAGACAGUUUUGUUGUUGUGAUACUGAGCAUGAUCAUGCUGAACAACCGGAUGAAUUUUCUGUUGAAGAGGAAACUCAGGUUCGAGGUACCAAGAGAGACAAACCUAAUCAAGAAACAGUCCAAGAAGCUGAAGCUAGUCCAGCUAAGCUCGAGCUAUUACUUGCUGAUGACACAGGAGGAUAACAAGUUAAAAGGCUAUAACUUGAAACCUAAGAAGCGCAAGGGGAAAAAAGGAAAGGAAAUUCCUGAUGAGGACAAAAUACCUGAUGUUGACUAUGAUGAUCCACGAUUUUCAUCUCUCUUCACCUCACCGCUUUUUGCUCUGGAUCCAACAGAUCCUCAAUUCAAAAGGAGUGCAGUUUAUGCUCGGCAAAUGGCACGAAAAAAUAAAGGUGAUCAUGAAAAUGCUAUUGGAACACUUCACACACAAAUUUUGUUAUAA